UACAACAGGCCUUGAAAUUUCCACUCGCCUGCUCGCCAAUGGUGAGUGGAAAUUAUGGUGGGAGCGAGUGUGUUCCCCAGGGCCGUCUUGCUGAGCAGGCUCGGAGCCCAGGCUGGAUCUGUCAUUGUCACUGGGAGUCGUCAAACUGCUCAAUAGCUGAGCGCAGUGAAAGCAAAGGAAGGAGUGUGUGCUGUGCUCUCUGCCUCCCCCUAGAGUGCAGUACCCGGCUCUGUGAGUGAACAACAAAGUACUGCAACUAUUUAUAGGGGUGUGUGUGUUGUCUGUGUGUAUGUACAUGUGUGUAUCUGUACAUGUGUCUGCGUGUAUGUACAUGUAUGUGUGUGUACAUGUGUCUGUGUGUAUGUACGUUUUUGUGUGUAUGUAUGUACAUGUGUCUGUGUGUACAU